AAGGUCGCUUUAGUCUUUGUGACAAAGCGUGGGAGGAGGAUAGCGGACUUGUCCGGGAUAAUUCUCUUAUUCUCUCUUAUCUUGCAGUUUUUAUUUUGUUUCUUUUUCGCUYAGCUUUCAUUCCUUUUUUGCCAUUUAAAGAACCCAGAGCUUUGUAUUUGUCAAAACUGCUGGGAAACUUUGUGGCAAGCGUCGAGUAACUACAACUUUUCAUCUUGGCUCAAUUUUUGUCCUACUUGGUCUAGUUUWUACUAGACUUUCCAGCUACACUGCUCUAAAAUGCCUAUCCCAAGUCUAACCAGGAAACAGUCYUCUUUAUCAGCGCUUAUAGAACGAGAGAGAAGCCUUUCUGGCGCAAGCAGAGUGAGCGAGGCAACUAGAGAAAGCAGUGAACCAGAAGAAGCUCCAACAAAUGAAGAAGAACAGGAGCAAAUCAAAUCCACAGCCUUUACACCGGACGAAGGUGGCGACACAGACAUCGAAGGAGGGGAUACAGACAUCGAAGAAGAGCCUCCAGUUCCUCUAARACCUACCCUUUCCAAACAAAAAACCGUCAGCAUYAAGGAAGUUAGAGAAGAUGGCUCCCCACAGCUGAGGAUGUCACGGAGACUUAUGUCUAUGAAGCGACGAGGAAAAAUCAUUCUGCUUAGAGAACUGACAGAUGAGUUUGAGUUCAAUGCUGAAGAUGUUUUGACUGUUCGUGGAGAGGAAGACGAUUUUUAUGUYUGUAGGGUACUGGAAGAUGUGCCACUGAAUGCUAAAAGGUUUCGAGUUGCAUGGUACAAUAGAGUGGGUCCAAAUCUAUAUGAGCCAUCUUUUGAUGAUGUUUGUGACAUGAAUUCUGUCAUCACUCGAGUGGGCCUGAUAGAAAGAAUGAAUGGCCAAGUUAGUGUCRUCAAGAAGUAUAUCAAGCAGACCAAAAGGUUGUUAAGAGAAGCYCUUGCUGCAGAAAGAGGACAAGAAKUAGAUGAGAUAGAAGAUAUUGAUAAAGAUGAAGGUGAGGAAGAAGAAGAUGAAGAAGAUGAAGAAGAAGAAGAACCUCCAGCUAAAAGAACCCGUAGCUCAGACCACACACCUAUCACAAGAAAAGGAGGGAAAGGUAAAAGAAAGACUGCCACUCCGAAGAAGGCUGUCACCCCAAAGAAACCAAGGACACCCAAGCAGAAGACUCCAAAGAAAAAAGCACCACCAAAGGACAAACCUAGAAGAACUGGUGUUCUUAUUCCAAACCCUGAGAUUGAGCUCCUUCAUGAGGAUCCCACAUUUGAAACCAGGCAAGACUGGGGGUUAAUGCCUUGCAAGCUUUCCAUUCGUGCAACUCUGUUGGGUGACAUGAAAAUGCUGAAGGACUGUAUUGAGAACAYCAAGGAAGUACACACGCCCCACUGGCCUCGCAGUCCAGAUGUUGGGAUGUGUGCCAUUCAUUACGCACUUUUAAAYAAUAAUAAAAAAGCUGUUGAUAUGCUGGUGGAUGACCUCAUUCAACCAAAGGAAGGUCGCUGUAAAAAACCAAAAGUCACCCUGGAUCACAUGGAUACAGGAUCGUAUAACUUCCAUACAUUUGGACAUGCUGUGAGAGAAAUUUACGCAAGUCGUGGAAGCCGAGARGGCAACAAUGCUUUCCUACAUGAUCAAAGGAGUUAUCAAGCUCCACAUCAGCUUCUCAAUAGUUUGUUGGAAUUCUGUUUUCAAAAUCCUAAAGUUCCACUAGAGAUGGUUGAGUAUCUGGUKGAAAAGCUGAUGAGCAAAAAGAAGUUGAGCUCACAUAAUGGCAUUCAGAAAGUCUGGAAGGCAAUUCGGUGUGGUAACAGAAAGGUAGCAGGAUACUUUGUAAAAAAGRCAAUAGAAAAAGAAGGGUUUGGAUUUAAUUUUCUUCACAAGGAGGUGCUUGUAAAUGACAAAGAACCUUUAACAAAGUUCAGAAGUCAGUCAGUCAAGAAGAAGCCAUACGAGAAUAAAUUUAUCCUUCCAAUCCAUGCCGCAUGCAUCAACCCCAAUGGUCAGUAUCUGAAGCAGCUCCUUGAAUCUGUACCAGAAUAUAAUGUUGCUGACAGAGAUGGAUAUAAACCAAUUCACUAUGCAAGUGCCUGUGAAGGUGCUGAGCCACUCAAAAUACUCCUGGCAAGAGGUGUUGACCCCAAUGACUUGGCCCCUGGAGGUUUGACUCCCAUCAUGAUUGCGUCUAAGUAUGGUCAAAAUGAAAACAUAGAAACCUUGCUAGCAAGAGAGGAAUCGACAGGGCGUGACUUUGGUGAGGAGGAAGAAGAGGAAGCUCCACAACYGAGAGUACAAAUUAAUGCUAAGAGCAGGACUGCYGAAGCAGCUAUUCAUUAUGCUGCCAUUAAUGGACAUGCUAGUACAAUCAGGAUACUAGUAGCACAUGGUGCUAAUAUCAACCUACAAACUGCUAGCGGCAAAGGAAAURCAACUGCCCUGAUGCUUGGUGCCAUGCAUGGGCACUUAGAUGUGGUCAAGACUUGUGUGGAACUUGGCGGAGGUGCAGACAAAAGAGGAAAAUGGAGAAUGACAGCAUUGAUGUAUGCUGUCAAAAAUGGACACUCUACCAUUGCUGCAUAUCUGCUUCGGCUUGGGGUAGAUCCUAAUGCUGUCGACACCUCAGGCAAUACUCCAGUUCACUAUGCUGCAGCAUAUGGAUGGCUGCACUGYCUUCAGCUGUUGAUUAAAGCUGGUGCUAAUCCUAAUGCCUCUAACCAGUGGAAGACAACUCCCCUUGCUCUAUCCAUGCUCAAAGACCACAUCAAGUGUACAGACUAUCUCCUUGAUCUAGACAGCUGUGAUGUUAACGUUCCUGAUGACAAUGGCCAGACCUUGUUGUCGCAGACWAUCAGUAAACUGAAAGUCAGUGAGACGUUAUUGGCACGUGUGAAAUACUUGGUAGAAGAGAAAGGAGCAGACGUUAAAACUUCAGACAUACGAAACUGGACUCCU